UUCACUAGUUUCUCCUCUCGUUUUAAACUUUUACCUCACUUUAGGCUCACUUUUAGAUGAUCCAAGAAGGAGAAGAGGCUCUACUAGCUGGAGACCUGGAUAAAGCAAACUGGGUCUUGGACAGCUUAAUAUUUCUGGACCCAGCACGUUCCUCUGAGCUAUGGCAGAGAGGACUGUGUCUUUAUUAUUCUCAUCGUUACGAGGAGGGGAUGGCUCAGUUUGAAAGAAACAUGGACACCAAUGGAAGCGACCCAGAGGAGGUUCUUUGGCAUUUCUUCUGCAAGUCUCGGCUGAUGGGUUUUGAAGAGGCACGCAGGGACGGGUUCUUAAAGUUACGGUCUCGGACUGACUCCGAGGUCGUGGUUCCAAUGUCUCAAGUUUUGGAUCUUUUUCACGGGAAAGGGAGCGUGGACGAAGUGAUAAGAGUAGCCACUUCUGUGACGCCAGAUAAUAUUAUUGAAAGUUAUAACGGGGCUAAUGCACUAGGCUAUGCACACUUCUAUGUUGGGUUCUACUACCAGCUGCAAGGUUUGGUUGGUCCUGCUUAUCCUCACUUUAAACGAGCGGCUAAGAUUGGUAACAAGGACUACAUGGGACGACUGAUGAGUAUUCACUUUAAAACUUUUCGUAAAACCUUAUGCCAAGACCUAACACUGAUAGAAGGAGGAGGGACAGGAGAGAUUAUGUAUGGUGGAUGGCAGUUAUCUAGUGGCCAUGAUCUUACUCAAGGCAGUGGAUUUGAUACAGUCACUAUCUUAUCAAAGUUGUUGGAAGCCAUUGAUAAUGGUGUGAGAGUGUUUGACUGUGGUGACAUAUACACAGGAGUUGAGCUACUCUAUGGUCGACUGAUAGAGGCUCAUGCAGGAAGAGGUGGAAGAAGAGAAGACAUCAAAAUACAUACUAAAUUAGUACCAGACCUUGACGUUAUUAAAAGAGGUGGGGUCAAUGAGUCGUAUGUCCGUGGAGUUAUACGGAGAUCCUUAAAUCGUUUGAAGUCUUUGUAUGUUGAUCUUGUUCAGUUGCAUUGGUGGGAAUGGUCUUCUCCUGGAGUUAUGGAUGCUUUGCAUGUUCUUGGAUCACUUCAGAAAGAAGGGAUCGUAAGAAAGAUUGGUCUGACUAACUUCAACGCUGAGCAAACUAAAGAAAUAAUCGAAGGAACUGAAAUAAGAAUUAAUAGUAUACAAGUGCAGCUGUCAGUUAUAGACCAGCGUCCGAUCAAAAGUGGGCUUGUCACAUUAUGCAAUGAAAAUAAUGUGAAGAUAUUUGCUUAUGGAGUGUUAGCUGGAGGCUUUCUCACUGAUCAGUGGAUAGGGAAACCAAAGCCCUCCAAUUUUUCAAAUCGCAGUUUGGUCAAGUAUCAAUUGAUUAUUGAUGACUUUGGCUCGUGGGAUUUGUUCCAGGAUCUUCUCUCUGUCCUUCAUUCAGUUGCUCUCUCACACUCUCCCCUCACUGUACAGGCCACACCUGAUGAUGUCAUACAGAUUGAUCAUGUGACUGUUGCCAUGGUUGCAAUAGCAUACGUGUUACGACUACCAGAAGUGGGUGGGGUCAUUUUAGGAACUCUUAACAUGAGUCAUUUAAGGGAAAGUCUUUUAGCAAAACAUCUAGUUUUAUCCGACAAAGAUCUCUCUGACAUUGAUCAUGUUUUAAAUAAAGGGCAUGGUCCAGGAGGUGUGGUUUAUGGUCUAGAGCGUGACAGGGAGGGUCGUCAUGGUUCCAUUAUGAAGUAUAAUCUGAACCAGUUGAAUUCCCCUGCUCAUUUUGAAGAGAUAUGUAACCGUUUUAUUGAAGUCUAUUUCUCUGCUUAUCCUGUUGAAGCAACUCGAACUGGUUAUUGCCCUUUCAUCAAAGCUUCGCCAAAUAUCAAACUUCAAAUGCCGUCACCUUUUUUAAUGAAAGACGCGUACGCCUAUCAUUCAAUUAAAUGUCUCUCGUAUGGUCACUUGUUAAACAUUAGCAGUGAGGAUCAGGUGGCGUCGUAUAUUGAUCGAGUGAGAGCUUUGUUGAUUGAGAUUGAAUCAAUCAGUGAAGAUAAUCUCUCCCUUGAUCAGAUAAUCGAUAGAAAGUUAAUCAUCUCACAGCUUAACCUAGAGCUCGUGAAAUGGUCAGAAGUAGCAAUGCACGAAAGAGAUCCUGCCAUUUAUAUGCCGUUUGACGCAUUGAACUACCUUCUACCUACCUGGGGAGGUGAUAGCAGCUGUGAGAAAGGAAGAGAAGAUGCUGUAUAUUACCCGGGGACCCUUUCCCCCUCUAUUCAUUAUAGGCUGUCAGCUUUGCUCUCUCGUCUUCGUCAAAUUCCUAUUUGUCUUCAGAAUGGUGUGAAAAACCUCAAGAAACCUAUCCAUCUCCUGACGCAGAGGGCUUUAAAACUCUGUGAUAGCUUUUCUCAUUUUCUUAGAGUUGAUCUUCCCUCAUUAGUGGAACAAAUGUCUACUGCCCACUCUUCCUUACUACUAGAUAUUGCUAGGGCAGCCAAGGUAGCAUCUGAUGCUGUUGUUCACUAUAAAUCAUUACUGGCCACUGAUGUACUACCUAGAUCAUCUGAUUCUUAUGCUUCUCUUGGCAGACCAGUAUAUGAUAAGCUAUUAGCUUUUGGCCACUUUAUAAGUGACAGUUCAGCAUUACUGAAGUCGGGAGAAGAGCAUUUUUCUCUUGUCAAAAAGCAACUGAGAGAGUUGGCGGAUGAAAUAGAUUCUGAUAGGAACUGGUACCAGAUUACUGAGGAUAUUAUCCGCUCGCUUCAUCCGUCAGCUAAAAACCUCCUCCAGUCCUACUUGGACGAAAUAGCUCGAGCUAAGACUCAUGUCAAGGAACAUAGACUUGUUCCUGAUUUACCAGCUGACGAGAGAGUCGUUGGGUUCUAUACACCGUCUUUUCUAGUCCCCUUCUCUCCUUUUGGGGAUUUCCUUAACCCUCCACCAUUUUCUUCUUAUGCUACCUCACCUCUUCAAAACAAACCUGAUCUUGUGACUGGUUAUCUUAUGCUUCAUUCAGUUGCAGGUAGAUCUCUUUCUCCCCCUGAGGAAGAGAAGCUCCUACGAUCUCAUGACUACACGUGGAUAAGCGUCAUAGCUCCACACGAGUGCUAUCCUGGUCAUCAUCUUCAGAUCCUCUUCUCUCAAACUCAUCCCAGGAUUAUGAGACGGUUUUACGAGUCUCCAUACUUUUAUGAGGGUUGGGGACUGUAUUGUGAACAGCUUGCUUUUGAAACUGGGUUUUUCAAUAAAGGCCUGGAGAUAAGAGAUAAAACAGAGGAGUCAGAGGCGAGAAGGGAAAGUAAAAAGAUUCCAAACUCUCGAUAUGAAAAGUUGGCACGUUUAACUCAAUUAAGGUUACAGCUGUGGAGAGCAGCACGAGUUAUACUUGACAUUAAGCUUCAUAGGAAUGAGAUGACACUUGAAGACGUCCGCUUGUUUCUCCUUCAAGAGAUCCUUUUUGACUCUCGCUCUGUAGAUGGAGAGGUGAACAUGUACAUAUCAAGGCCCACAUAUGCACCAUGUUACAUAGCUGGAUACUUAGAGCUCAUGGACUUGAGAGAGAGGAGGAGGAAGGAGUAUGAGGAGGAGAAGAGAGACUUUGAUUUAAGUUUGUUUCAUAGUGAGGUGCUACAAUCUGGCUGUCUACCUUUCCCUUUGUUACAUGAACUUUUAUCAGUGAGAAACAAGCAUUAGUGAUGCCUGAAGAUGUUCUUAAGAAUAUUCUCACACUAUUACUCUUUAUUGUUUUGUUUCUGCUAUAUAAUACGUUGUUUAUGCUUUAUUUAAAUGUUAGUGAAACUUUGAGGUUGUAUUUUUGAAACUAACUAAUGUUUUUGUACAAGC